AGCAAACUUUAGGCACAAAAGCGCGCAGCGGCCAGCGCUGUCCAUAGAUUGAUUUUGGAACUCAUUUAUCGAGGCCACAAGCCGAACACAAAAAAACAGCUGCUCAGUCGACGCUGCGAGCAGCACUCGAAUAGCCAUGUGGCUAAUCAGCUUACUUACGGCUGCAGCAGCCUCCGAGCAGCAAGAAAUCAGGCUCACACGGGGCCUAGACCACACAACCACCGAAAAAAGACGGCCGCCGGCACCGCCCGCGGGCCCCGCGGCCCUGCUCCCCUUCCGAGGCCGCUGCGUAUCUACAAAACUCGGCGCCGACGAACUUAGAGUUUGUCCGUUCGCAAACGCGACGCAGACGUCGUUGGCGGGCCAGGAGUUCGUCCUCGGCGUCUUCGCAGCGUGGCGCGGCCGCAGCCUCGUGUAUGCGGACGGCGACGUGUGCGGCGCCGCGCCGCGCAACGCGACGGUGAGCAUACGAUGCGGCGCGGAGGCCUACGCGCUCCGCGACGCGCGCGAGCCGGCGACCUGCACGUACGAGGCCACGCUCGACGUGCCGGUCGACUGCGACGUGCUCGGAAUGGAUAGCGUGCCCAACGACAUUGUACAGUUGCGCGCCGACCUCGUCAAGGCGGAGGCGGCCGCGCUCGCCGCGGUCAAUCGAGCCGGAGACCUCGCGGAGCGGCUCGAGCGCGCGUCCUGUGCUGCUGCUGCUAUGGGCGAGCUCGACGACUUUGACGACUCCGCCUGCGAGCUGGACGAGUUUGACGACUACGACGACCCCUACGAGUCGCCUUACGACGCCGAGGACAUGUACGACGACCCGUACGCGGCGGGGGAGCUGUGAUGUUGUAAGUGAUUGUAUGAAGG